UCAUCCCUAUUCACCACAAACCUAUUGAGUUGCAGAAGUACGUACAGACAGGGAGGGGGAGCAUUCAUUUACGUUGUUUCAUUGGUCACAAUUCUUAAAAAGGGCACCCAUGUUCUUCUUCCUGUCCAGAAAAGACAAGAUGACUUCUUAUUUUCUCGCCGUCGUCGUAGCAUUCGGUUUGCUGGUGCUACAUGUACAUGCGGGAGCUGAGGAGGAAGCUGACAGGAUUGUGGCUCUCCCUGGCCAGCCUAAAGUCGCGUUUCAGCAGUUCUCCGGCUACGUUACGGUGAAUGAAGUCGCCGGCAGAGCCCUCUUUUACUGGCUUACUGAGGCUGUCCAAGAACCCUUGUCCAAACCCCUGGUUCUGUGGCUCAAUGGAGGGCCUGGAUGUUCUUCUGUGGCAUAUGGUGCGUCUGAGGAAAUUGGACCAUUCAGGAUUGACAAAAAAUCCUCAGGCUUAUAUCUCAACAAAUUCUCAUGGAACAAGUUGGCAAACUUGCUGUUUCUGGAAACUCCGGCCGGCGUAGGAUUCUCUUACAGCAACCGGUCUUCCGACCUCUUCGACACCGGAGAUCAUCGCACAGCCAAGGACUCGCUGCAAUUUCUCGUCCGAUGGUUGGAUCGUUUCCCUCGUUACAAGAACCGUGAGAUUUAUCUGACUGGAGAGAGUUAUGCUGGUCAUUACGUUCCUCAGUUGGCACGAGAGAUAGUGAACUACAAUGCCAACGUGAAGCACAAAAUAAAUCUCAAGGGUUUUAUGGUGGGGAAUGCGGUGACGGACAACCACUACGACAACCUAGGGACGGUGAACUUCUGGUGGAGCCACGCAAUGAUCUCAGACAAGACCUACCGGCAACUGAUGAGCACCUGCGACUUUGAACGCCAGAAGGAAUCGAACGAGUGCGAAUCCUUGUACUACUACGCCAUGGAUCAAGAAUUCGGAAACAUCGAUCAGUACAACAUCUAUGCCCCCCCUUGUAAUAAUUCCGAUGGUAGCAGAAUAAGGGCAACGACACGGCACAACAUGCGUUUGCCCCAUCAACCUCGCCCCGUUUCUAGAAAGCUGUCGGGGUACGAUCCUUGUACGGAGAAAUACGCUGAGGUUUACUAUAACAGGCCCGACGUGCAGAAAGCUCUCCAUGCAAACACAACCGGCCGGAUUCCCUACAAAUGGACUGCUUGCAGUGAAACUCUGAACAGAAAUUGGAACGACACAGAUAGCUCGAUUCUUCCUAUAUACCGACAAUUAAUUGCAGCUGGGCUCAGAAUUUGGGUGUUUAGCGGUGACGUGGACUCAGUAGUGCCAGUCACAGCUACUAGGUAUUCCCUGGCACAACUCAAAUUAGACACCACUGUUCCUUGGUACCCUUGGUACGUCAAAAACCAGGUGGGUGGGUGGACAGAGGUGUACAAAGGGGUGACAUUUGCGACCGUGAGAGGGGCAGGUCACGAAGUCCCUAUGUUCAAGCCCAGAGCUGCAUUCGAGCUCUUCAGAUCCUUCUUACAAGGGAAGCCCCUCCCUAAAUCCUGAACUCAUAUCUGUCUCAAUUACUUCAUCAUUAUUAGUUUAUGUUACGUUGGUUGUUAAUUGUAGCCGUUAAUUAAUGAUGUUUGUUUUUGGCAAAAAUUCAAUUGCCCAGUUUGUUGUUCAGUCGUUUGUGACAAGAUGUAUUGUACUGUCGGUCUUUGAAUUUGAAAUGCAUCUAGAAGUGUACAACUCAAA